AAACGAAUAAAACAUCAUCACAUUGGAUUGAAGUACACAUAUGAGAAAGAAUUAAUUUUAAUAUUAAAUAGUGAAUUAGAAACUUUUAAAUCUAUUUAGUUAGACUAUGAGAUGAAUUUCUCAUUGUUAAAGUUAUUAUGGAUAAUUGCACAUCUAUUGGCCGAUGUUUUAGAAACAAUUUUCUAUUUCGGCUUAGAAUUUCGUGAAAACUUUUUCAAUUUCAUCAAAAAAUACACAAAAUCUAGUUGGAAUCAUGAUUCAAGUGAUCAAAGACAUCAAAUUGAACUUCAUCUUAAAAAUAUAAAGAAAAUUCCAAAGCAUCUUGCUGUUAUUCUCAAUGCUGACAGUGAGAAGGACAUCGAUUUGAUGCAACUGACUAAUUUAGUAGAUUGGUCACUAAUAUCAGGCGUGAACUUUAUAAGCUUUUACGAUUAUAAAGGGAUUCUGAAAAAUCAACUCGCGUCAUCAUUUCAUAAAUUCAUCCAGCAACAUUGUACUAAUAACACUGAUAACGAAAACAUUGUUUGGGGUCUAAAUUUCCAACAUAUGACCGACAAUGAUGGUAUCAAAUUCCCUCAUAGAAACGGAUUCAAAAGACACAUUGUCGUAAAUAUUUACUCGUCAGAAGACGGACAUGAAAAAUUCGAUCAACUAUUGAGAAGAGAAUUGUUAAGUGAUAAAGGAAGUAGUGGUAAGACAGUAGAUUGUAGCAAAUUUACAAUCGAUUACAUCGAUGAAGAACUUUCGAAGUUAUAUGGUCAAAUGUCAGAUCCAGACUUGACAGUUUACUUCGGGAACAUCUGUUGCACAAUGGGCUUCAUGCCGUGGCAAAUUCGGCUCACAGAGUUUAUACAAAUCAGUUACAAGCUUCGUACAUUAUCUCUAGAUAAAUAUCUUAAAGUACUAUACAAGUAUGCAAAGUGUGAGCAACGUUUUGGAAAAUGAGAAGAUUAUCCAAAUAUAAAGGCUGCAAUUUAUUUAUUAAAGCAAAUCUAAGCGAAUGUGCGUGAAUGGUUAGCCAUAAAUGGCCAAAUAUUUGAUGGGUGGAGUAGGAAAAUUUCAAGUUAAAAUGACGAAAAACAUUUGGAUUGAGUAUGUUGGUGAAUAAUUUUCACAUUUUUCCACAACUUCAUUUCAUGAACUUUUUUCUUACCUCUUCCAUCAUCUAAAUUGUGAACAGGACAUAAAACUUUGUAUAUAAAUUAAUUCCAAUAUUAUAUGUGCUGUUUAUAUGAAAAACAAAAGAAAAAUUCAAAGCAAAAAAAAAUAAAACUAAAUUUUUAUGCAAAAA